AUGAUGGAUGAAUCAAAUUCCCAACUGCCCCCUCAAGUGCCUCCCCAAGUGCCAGCAGAGGUGCCAACACAGAGAAUCCGUCAUUCUCGCGUUGGUUCUACUGGUCAGGUUCUACACAGAUCGUCUACUGCCAGCACGCUACAUCACAAUUCAUUCAAAGAUUCUUUCUUUUCAAGACUUCACUCUUUCUUUCAUCGGGAUUCACACAUUGGCAAUGUCGGGCAGCAUCCCUUGCGAGACAAGGAACAUGUCGAAAUCCAUACUUGGGAUGGUCCCAAUGACCCCGACAACCCUUUCAAUUGGAGCAAAACAUAUAAAUGGGUGCUGACAAUUACAAUCUGUUUUAUCUCCAUUUUGACAGGUUUACCAGCUGGAUCAUAUGGUGCCGGAAAUAACUAUAUGGCAGAGAAGUUCCAUGUACAGAAUGAGCCCUUCCCCAAUUUAGCCUGGGCUACUACAUCUUGGAACAUGGGGGCGGCGUUUUGGCCACUGAUCUUCGUCCCGCUCACGGAGUCAUCAGGGCGCAUGCCAGGGUACUUUGUAUCCUACUUUCUCCUAGUGGUCUCGCUAUUUCCAUCGGCAUUUGCGCAGAACUUUGCAACGCUCGUUGUGACUCGCUUUUUCGGGGGUGGGGCUUCAUCCGUGUCGAUUAAUAUCGUGGGUGGGAGCAUCAGCGAUGUUUGGUAUGGCGAUAAGGCUCGGAGUUUGCCCAUGUCGUUGUUCGGCUUUACGAGUGUGGUUGGAAUCGCUCUCGGGCCAUUUGUUGGUUCGGCUAUCCAGCAAAUCCAUAAAGAUGAUCCUUGGAGAUGGAUAUUCUAUAUUCAAAUCAUCUACAAUGCAGCGUUGAUACCGGUCUUUUACCUUAUCCUCCGAGAAACCCGAGCUGAUGUCAUUCUCCGGAAACGCGCCAAGAAACUUCGCUGGGAGACUGGCCGACCAAUCUACUCAGAAUCCGAACUCAAUACAACUAGUCUGUUAAAGCUAGUGCAAGUUUCAUUUGAAAGACCCACACGGAUGCUUUUAACCGAGCCUGUUGUUAUAUUUUUCACACUAUGGGUCAGCUUUGCAUGGGGAAUUCUGUUCCUCUUCUUCUCUAGCGUCAGUCAGACAUUCAGUCAUAAUUAUGGAUGGGGCACGUUUACUACCGGCCUCGUCCAACUUGCAAUUUCUGCGGGGGCCGUGAUUGGUACCGUGGUAAAUCCCCUUCAAGAUUGGAUCUAUCUCAACUCUGCGAAGCGCAACCGCGACAAUCCCGGCAGGCCAAUCCCAGAGGCUCGGCUGUACACGUCGAUCCCAGGAAGUCUUCUUUUUGCAGGGGGAUUGUUUUGGUACGGCUGGGGUAGCGUCGGAAACGGUUCGAUUCAUUGGAUUGUUCCAACUCUUGGUAUCGGCUGUACGGGAGUGGGAAUUUAUUCGAUCUAUAUGGCUGUGGUCAACUACCUGACGGACGCGUACGAAAAAUACGCAGCCUCGGCAUUAUCGGCCGCCUCAUUGGGUCGCAACACUUUCGGCGCCUUCCUUCCACUUGCCUCCUAUCAGCUUUUCGAGACCCUUGGUUAUGGAUGGGCGGGCUCGCUAUUAGGUUUCGUGGGCGUGGCUCUCUCGGUUGUUCCGGUAGUCCUCGUUCUCAAGGGUCCGGAAAUCAGACGUCGCAGUCCAUUCAUGAGGGAGUCCAUGUUUGACCCAGAACAUUUGGAGGACAGUAGUACCCCGACCAGCUCGGAGGUGGAUCAGAAACCAGAGGAGGCGGAAGUGUGA